UGAAGCUCGGAGGAGCUCGGGGGCCAUUUUGUGGAGAGACGGAGAGCGAACGGUCGUGCGCUGCCCGCCUGCUGGAGCCUCGGUCUCGGCACGGACGCGCACCAGGAGCGGCCGUCUCUUCCUCUUCCUUCCUCCCGUGAGAUUUUUUUGAUCUUCAGCUACAUUUCAGCUUUGUGAGAAACCUUAUCAACAAAGAAGAUGGCUAGCAACGUUACCAAAAAGACAGAUCCCCGAUCCAUGAAUUCCCGUGUAUUCAUUGGGAAUCUCAAUACUCUUGUGGUCAAGAAGUCUGAUGUGGAGGCAAUCUUUUCAAAGUAUGGCAAAAUUGUGGGUUGCUCUGUGCAUAAGGGCUUUGCCUUUGUCCAAUAUGUUAACGAAAGGAAUGCCCGGGCAGCUGUAGCUGGAGAGGAUGGCAGAAUGAUUGCUGGCCAGGUUUUAGAUAUUAAUCUGGCUGCAGAGCCAAAAGUGAACCGAGGAAAAGCAGGUGUGAAACGAUCUGCAGCGGAGAUGUACGGUUCCUCAUUUGAUUUGGACUAUGACUUUCAACGGGAUUAUUAUGACAGGAUGUAUAGUUACCCAGCACGUGUUCCUCCUCCUCCUCCUAUUGCUCGAGCGGUGGUGCCUUCUAAACGCCAACGUGUUUCUGGAAACACCUCUCGGAGGGGCAAAAGUGGAUUUAAUUUGAAGAGUGGACAACGGGGCUCUUCUUCCAAAUCCGGAAAAUUGAAAGGUGAUGACCUUCAGGCCAUUAAGAAGGAGCUGACUCAGAUAAAACAAAAAGUGGAUUCUCUGCUGGAAAGCCUGGAAAAAAUUGAAAAAGAACAAAGCAAACAAGCAGACUUGUCCUUCUCCUCCCCAGUAGAGAUGAAGAAUGAGAAGUCGGAGGAGGAGCAGAGCAGCGCCUCUGUGAAGAAAGACGAGACGAACGUCAAGAUGGAGUCUGAGGCGGGCGCAGAUGACUCUGCCGAGGAGGGCGACCUGCUGGAUGAUGACGACAAUGAGGAUCGAGGGGAUGAUCAGCUGGAGCUGAUCAAGGAUGAUGAAAAAGAAGCUGAGGAAGGAGAGGAUGACAGAGACAGCGCCAAUGGGGAGGAUGACUCCUAAGCACAUAGCGGCGUUUA